AGCUGAUCCAGACGGAGAUGCACCACGUCCGCACGCUGAAGAUCAUGGCCACCAUGUUCCGCAAGGCCAUGCUGGAGGAUCUGCAGGUGGACCCGGCCACGGUGCAGAAGAUCUUCCCCUGCGUGGACGAGCUGAGCCAGAUCCACGAGCGGUUCCUGGCGCAGCUCCUGGAGCGUCGCAGGGAGUCCCUGGCCCAUGACAGCAACAAGAACUUUGUCAUCAACCGCCUGGGGGACAUCCUCGUCAACCAGUUUUCGGGGGCCAGCGCGGAGCAGCUGAAGAAAGCCUACUCCGAGUUCUGCAGCAAGCACACCAAGGCUGUGAAGGAGUACAAGGACCUGCUCGCCCGUGACAAGCGCUUCCAGCAGUUCAUCCGGAGGAUGACGCGGUCCCCGCUGCUCCGACGUCACGGGGUGCCCGAGUGCAUCUUGCUGGUGACGCAGAGGAUCACCAAGUACCCGGUGCUCAUCGAGCGCAUCCUGAAGAACUCCAAAGACAACGAGGGUGACUCCGCGGACCUGUCGCGAGCGCUGAAGCUGGUGAAGGAGCUGAUCUCCUCCAUCAACGAGGAGGUGCACACGUGCGAGAUGAACGCGCGGCUGUGGGAUGUCUACCGGCGUGUGGACGGCCGCGCCAAGGUGCAGCUGCCGUGGGAGAGCCGCGCCGGCGUUUUCGGCAAGGACGAGCUCCUGCGGCGUAAGCUGGUGCACAGCGGCUGCAUGCUCUGGAAGACGGCAGCCGGGCGCUUCAAAGACGUCCUGGUGCUACUGAUGACGGACGUCCUGAUCUUCCUGCAGGAGAAGGACCAAAAAUACACCUUCCCCAUGCUGGAUAAGCCGGCUGUCAUCUCCCUGCAAAACCUCAUCGUGCGGGACAUUGCCAACCAGGAGAAGGGGAUGUUCCUCAUCAGCGCCGCGCCGCCGGAGAUGUACGAGGUCCACGCCGCCUCCCGCGACGACCGCAACAACUGGAUGAAGGUCAUCCAGCAGACGGUCAGCCUCUGCCCCAGCCGCCAGGAUUUUCCCCUGAUUGAGACAGAGAUCGAAGCGUCCUUGCGCAAGCUGAAAGACCGUAUCCUGCAGCACGAUCGGAAGAUCACGGCGCUGCUGGAGGAGAAGGUGGGGCUCUUCGCCGACAUGCUGGCCCUGGCUAGCGGCUGCGAGGAGUCCUCGCCCACCCUGGCCCCCCGCACCCUCUUCCAUUCCGACUCAGCCGAGGGUUCCCGAGGGGAGAAGCUGAUGCACGACGCCAUCCGGGAAGUGGAGUGCCUGAAGGAAAUAUUCACCAGCUCCGGACGGGACCGGGACCAGAACAACCUCGCCGAAGCCGAGAGCUGCUCCAGCCCUGGCGCCAGCAACGGCGACGCCAGCAGCUUCAACGGCUCCCUGGAGUUCUGCAGGGCGGAUUCAGAUGCUGGGCAGCGGGAUGGGAAUGGCAACCAGCUCCUGCAGAGGGUACCCCAGGAGGAGAUCAACCAGCGGCUGGUGAACCUCUACACGCUCCUGCACAGCCUCCAGGCCGUGGUGAGCCAGCAGGACACGCUGCUGGAGCUGCAGCUGCAGGAGGGCGCGGAGAAGCCGUCGCGCCGCGGUUCCCAGCCGGCAGCGCCCGAGCCGGCGGCGCGGGUGGGCGAGAAGCCGGGCACCACGGAGCUGGCGCUGCUGCAGCGGCAACACGGGCUGCUGCAGGAGGAGCUGGGGCGCUGCCGGCAGCUCUGCCAGGAGCGGGCGCAGGAGGCGGCGGCGCUGGAGACGCGGCUGCGGGACAGCGAGCAGGAGCGCGCCCGGCUGGAGCGGGAGCUGGAGGAUGCCCGGCGGCAGCUGGGUGCCCUGCGGCAGGAGGGUGGCGCGCGGGGACGCCGCGGGACGGACCCACGGCGCAGGAGUCUGCCGGCCGGGGACGCGCUCUAUCUCAGCUUCACCCCGCCCCAGCUGAGCCACGGCCCCCACCCCGCCAGCCUCUCCUACCACCACCCUGCCUUCGCCCCCUGCCCCCGGGAGGAGCUGGAUUACCGGGGGGGCGAUCCCGACCGGCUGCGGGAAGGCGAGGACGCCCUGGACGCGCUGCUGGAGGACGAGGGCUUGGGGAGCCGCCACUCCCCCCCCGCCAGCCCCCGAGAUUUCCUGAGGAUGCAGGAUAUUCCCGAAGAGGUGGAGAGCAGCCAGGAGCUGAAGGAGGGUGAUGGGGGCUCCUCGGACAGUUAGGGACCAGCUCCAGCUCCCCCCCAGCCCCCCACCCCCCCCACCCCCCCCCGGGAGAUGCCGGGGGCCGGAUCCAGCCAUGGGGCGAUGGGGCCAGCGGGAUGGGGAAGCUGCUAUUCCCAUGGGAGCCUUAUGGGGCGGGGGGGGGGGGCCAGUCGCCCCCUCCCCUCCCCCAAGAUGGUGGCAGGGGGGGGGACAGGCAGCAGUUUGGGGCCGAUGCGUCCCGCCUCCCUCCGCUUGGAUUUAUUUAUUUAUUUUGUUGUCCUGGGGUGGGAGGAGGUGGCCCCGGUGGGGUUGGGGGGGGGUCCUGGUCCAUCCAGUGCUGAGCAGGAUGCAGCCCCCCCCCGCCCCCCGCCCUGGGACAGCGGUAAGGUCCCUGGUGGGGGUGAGCCCAUCUCUACCAAAGCUCAUCCCCCAGCCUGGUUUGGGGGGGGGCUGGCCGGGGGGGCGGGGCUGGGGCAGGCGUUUUUAAUCAGUUGUUGGUUCCCCUCGG